GUCACAACAGUAAAAUGUCUGAGGCUGAUGGAAUAGUGUACUCUGAUGUUAAGUUCACAAGAGGGAAGAGAAACACCAGUGGGACUGCUUCCUCAGAGGCUGAAUCCACAUACUCUGAAGUCAGGAUCUUGAAGACUCAUCCAUCCACAGAGCUCCCUGGUUCCCAACAACACCCAGUGUCAAAUGGAGGGUCAAAGGUCACACCAGAGAGAGUGGUCAUAGUAGUUCUCAGUGCUCUCCUGGCAGCUGCUGUCAUCACUCUCGGCUUUACCUCUCUUGAUAACAUGCACACCAAGCAAAGUUUCCAGACUCUGAGAGAUGAACUUGAAGCUGUGAAAAGAAAUCUCACAGAGAGAUGCUGUGAAGUAAAAUCAUACAACACGGUGCAGAAAACCAGCCCACAACCUCCUGUAGUAAAAGAAAAUGAGUCAUAUCCAAAAUGUGAAUAUGGCUGGGAGCAGCAUGGAAGACAGUGUUAUUAUUUCUCCACCAAUUAUUUCACCUGGAGUAACAGCAGAGAUGAAUGCCGACAGAAAGGAGGAGAUCUGGUUCAGAUAGACAGCAGAGAGGAGCAGACAUUCCUGGAGCUGAAACUGAGAGAAAAAAUGAACAACAUUUGGGACAAGUUCUGGAUCGGACUGACAGACUCAGAGAAAGAGGGCACAUGGUUGUGGGUAGACGGCUCACCACUGAACGAGAGUUUGACAUUUUGGUUCCCCGAUGAGCCAGAUAACUGGACAGGGAAAGAUCCUGAUGGAGAGGACUGUGUGAGGAUGGGAGAGAAAGCAGGAGCUCCUGAUCUGAAAUGCUGGUUUGAUGAAUCCUGCAAAUAUGCUCACAGAAGUAUUUGUGAGAAACCAGCAUGAUGUGAACAUUUUACUCUUCAGUGUGUCUGAAAUGUAGUUUAAAUGAAAUUUCAGCCUGUUAAACAAUCUCAGUACAGGAUACAGAAUUUGGAGCAGUUUUAUUUUUAUAUGUGUAAUGUUAAAAUAAAUGAAUAAAUAAGGAAAAUAUUAAAAUGCAGUUUGUUUAAUGUGCCCAACAAUACUAUUAUAUAUUAUAUCAUCAGACUAUAGUUACUCAUGUAUUAAUGGAAAAGCAGCUUUUUAGUGUCAUAGUUUGUUGAGGUGGAGCUUAUUUCUAACCGUUAUAUAUCAUAUUAUUAUAUUAGUUGCUGUCCAUAUAUUUAUUUUCUGUUAAUCGACAUUUUAAAUUACACUUAUAAUAAAACAUCAUAUUUUGUAAAGUCUCUGUAUAUGAUAUAAACUCUCCUGUUGUAAAGUAACUAGUAACUUAAGCUCCAAAACAUUUAUUUACAACAAGUUUUAUCUCCAAUCCAACAUCUACGGUUUAUAAAUACAAUAAAAACUGUUUGCUUUAGUAGAUGGAAGAAUAAUAAAAUGUUUGAAUAAAUUAGUGUUUAUUGAAACUUAACAGCAGUGUAUUUAUGUCAAUUUUGUUUUUGUUUCCAUUGUAGGUUACUAUAAUCUAUAUUUAUCUUCUGAUCUUUAGAUUUUUCUUGUUUUAUUGAUACAGUGUCAUUUUAAAUUGUUUUUAUAAUCAUAGUUUUUGUGUGAACUCCAGGAAGACCAGCAGCCACUUUGUAGAAGUUAAUUUGGAUCCAAAUACAAAAUAAAGUAUUUAAAUUGUUUGAUAAUUCAUAAAAUGCUAGCCUCAUCAUUUGUCAGCAUGCUCACCAUGAGGUUUGCUGAGUCAUUCAAAGUGAUAACACAGCUGUGAUAGUUCACAUUACACUUGUUUUACCCCAAAAAUAUGCACUAAUGAACAUGAAAUGUCCAACUGUGUUGUGUUCACAAACAGAGGAAUUGGACAUGGAUGUUUCUGCUGUCCACUGUUACUGUCGGUAGCUACGCCUCCUGACCAGUAGGUGUCUCUGUGGGACUGUGUACAGAGUGGAAGAGGACUGCAGAAUGAGGGACAGAGAAGUAGAGAGGAACAGGUGGAGAAGUACAGCGGCUGCAGGUGAAACGUGGAUGCUAUCAGUGUUAGCAGUUGCUAAAUAAAGCCCUCAAAUGUU